UUACCCACUUACACAUUACAAUACCGCCAGUAUGCUGAGGUGACUGUGUAAUCAGGCAAGUCAUCUCGGAGAAAAAAAGAAUGGACUGUCAGACGCGUCACAAGGGCUUGGUGCCACCGCUAUAUAGCUGCACUAUCCUCUGGUGGUGGAUUGGUUCUGCUACUGCGCCGCUACAGACAGGUCUUCAUGGUAGAAGAAAACGUCAAACCAAGAGAGACAGAUAUUCAUUCAUCCACCAUGCAAGUCCUUUCUAUCCUGGCGUUGGUUCUGAAGAAUAUUUGGACACUCUCUUUCCUCCGGGACGUCCUGUGUGAAUUUCUGGGCACUGCCCUGUUCCUAUUUGCCAGCCUGGGCUCGGCAGUACUGUGGCCCCAGCUUCCAGACCGGGACGACUUGUCGUCUGAGCCAGACCUGGCCUCUCUUUCCGAUGCCCAGCCCCUGUCUCAGUGCCACCCUGAUCCGCUGCGGGUGGCGCUGGCAUUUGGAGCGUCCGCGGCCUUGGUGUCGAUGUGUCUGGCUCCUGCUACAUCCGGAGGUGGGGUGCACCUCAACCCAGCCGUGACCUUGGCUCUCGCUGCAGGACUGAGGGUCAGCCCGUGGAGGGCCGUCCUGUACGUGGGUGCUCAGCUCCUCGGUGCCCUCUGUGCCUGUGCCCUUCUCGCGGGCAUGGUGCCCGACUCACUACGAGGACAGCUGGGGCUGAACAAGGUAGCUUUAGGGGUCCACCCCUGUCAAGCUUUCUCUGCGGAGACAGCCAUCACUUUUCAACUGGUACUCUGUGUUUUUGUCACAUCUCAACCCAAAUCAGCAUUCCACCUUCUGGGUCCCACAGUGAUCGGUCUGUCUGUAACUUUGGGACAUUUAGUUGCGAUUGGGUACACUGGCUGUGGGAUGAAUCCAGCUAGGUCUUUUGGUCCAGCUGUGGUCACUUUAAAUUUCCACAAUCAUUGGGUGUACUGGGCCGGGCCAUGUGUGGGGGCUGUGCUGGCUGGCAUACUGCAUGACCUCGUGCUCCAGCCACGUUGGGGUUGCCCCGGCGACUGGCUGGUGGAGUUUAAGGAACUGUUACCCAAGGCACCACACAGGCAGCCCACCACAUCGGAACACACGCAGGGGUAGAGAUGGAUCUUUAAAAGACCACAGAAGACCAUUUCUUGAUGUCUGACCACUGUCCACAGGUGACAGCAAACAGUUUUAUGAUAUCUGACCACUAAUCAUGGGUGACCGUGCACCAUUUCCUGAUCUCUGAUACAUAAGUGUGUUUUUCACAAACAGCUGUAGCAAUGACGAUGUACUAUAUUCUCUGGCAGUCAGCUUUCUCUCUCCUCUCUUUCUUCUUUCCUCUCUC